AUGCAGAGACGCCAGAUUUAUAUUUAUUACUCUUUCGGCGUGCUUUUGUUAAUUUUCGUAAAAAAUGUAGUGUGCACAAUACAACUGAAAGAAGUAUUUAGCUGGUCCACACUGGAUUAUGCUUAUGCUAAUAAAUAUGAGAGAGAUUAUGCAAUAGCCACAAGGCAAUUUAUUCCUGAAAAUAAUUUGCCUGUUGGAAUUGAAAUUUGGAAAGAUAAAGUUUUUGUAACAGUUCCACGGUGGAGGGAAGGCAUUCCGUCAACAUUGAAUUACAUUCCUCUACAACAGAUAGAAGCAACAAAAACACCCCCGCUUACGCCAUACCCAAACUGGAACGCAAACACGCUGGGAAAUUGUGAAUCGAGUUUGAGGACUGUGUAUCGCAUAAAAGCAGAUUCUUGUGACAGGCUGUGGGUACUAGAUACUGGCACUCUUGGAAUAGGUAACACUACUCAAAAUUCCUGCCCGUACGCCCUCAACGUGUUCGAUUUAAAGACAAACGAAAGAAUACGAAGAUAUCAAUUACGUCCUGAAGACAUCAAUCCAAAUACAUUUAUUGCCAACAUAGCCGUUGACCUUGGAAGGAACUGCGAAGAUACUUUUGCUUACAUGAGUGACGAACUUGGAUAUGGUUUAAUCGUUUACUCUUGGCAAGAUAAUAUUUCGUGGAGAUUUUCACACGGUUAUUUCAUGCCGGAUCCAUUAGCUGGUGAUUUCAACAUAGGGGGUUUGAAUUUCCAAUGGAGCGAAGAAGGGAUUUUCGGCUUGUCCUUAUCGCCCCUGAGGUCAAAUUUUGAAAGAAUUUUAUACUUUAGCCCGUUAGCUAGUUACAGGGCGUUUGGUGUAUCUACAAACGUAUUGCGGAACAGUUCUAGAACUGGUGACAGCUAUCAUGAUUUUUUUGUACUUCCUAAACGGGGUCCUAAUUCUCAUAUCACUGCUCAAGUUAUGAGUGAAGAUGGAAUUCAGCUGUUUAAUUUAAUUGAUCGCAAUGCUAUAGGCUGUUGGAACUCUGCGACAGUUUACGGAGCCACGAAUAUCGGCAUAGUCGAUAAAGACGAUAUUGGACUGAUAUUUCCUUCAGAUAUCAAAAUCGAUAAUCACAGAAACGUUUGGAUCAUGUCAGAUAGGAUGUCUAAUUUUCUCUUGGCAGGUUUAGAUCAUGGCGACAUUAAUUUUAGAAUAUUUGUGGCCCCUUUGAACGACCUCAUCAGAAACAGUAUUUGCGAGCCGAAGACGCAUCAGAAUUUGAACUAUUUUCAAACUAACUUGUUUGACUUUAAUAAUCGUUACGUAAUUAUUUAA